AUGCUUAGAUACAAUAGCGACAUUUCAGAAGACCAACCGCGUUUCGUCAAUACUGUCAACGUGACGAGUUCGGUGCUCUUCCCUAACUCCCCGCCCUCCCCUUUCAACUACACCGGGGACUUGAUCAUCUUUCUCUCUAAAUCCCCGCCUCCACCAGUCUCUGCCCUAUCGUGCCGCACAACUUGUAAGCUGUAUGAAGACUUUCCUCGGGAAAUGGAGAACAGCACUCCCGGGCCAACAGGCGCGUCGACUCGGAAGCGGAAGCGUAUCCCGAUUGCUUGCAGCUCCUGCCGUGCUCGGAAGUCGAGGGUGAGUGCGAGAUUCUCGGACUACCACGCUGGUGGGAGCCAGUAUUGGCAGUUUUCGCCUGAACGGGAUCUUCCCGCCCAGCAGUGCUCCGCUUGCGUCGAACAAGGUAUCGAAUGUAUCUACGCAGCCAACUCUGGUGGGAGCAAUGCGCUGGUACCGAAACAAUAUCUCGAACAAGUUGAACACCGCUUAGCCGAUGUCGAAGAAGAAAUCAGUCGGCUGAAAAGACUUAUACCCGCCUCGUUUCUACAAGGAAAGCAACACGUCCUCUUUCCACGUAGUGUUUCUGGCCGUACCGACGACAUUUCGGAAGUCAACUAUCCCGAGGAGUCACUGAAUGUUGAGGAUGGAAGCGUCACGCAGGGGAUCACCCCCGACGCGACAGACGGUGUUGGUACUAUUGAAUUUACCACAGACGAGUCUUGGGCGUAUUUCGGGCCGUCAUCCAAUAUCGCCUUCACGAGAAUUAUUCGCCGCACGCUCGACCACUUAUUGAACAAGACCCAAAAAGAUGAGCGCGGAGAUGCAUCCUCGACACCUGCAAAACAUGCACAACAACACAUCCUGGCUGUCUCGAGAUCUCAGUCACCAGUCACUGAUUCCUUCGACUCAAGGAAACUUGAAAAGCCAUCCGAGGCAUUGCGUUUGCCACCCGAAGAAGAGGUCAUCAAUCUUGUGCGCCAAUUCUUCCGUGACACAGGUCUCCUAUUUCCUUAUAUACACGAAGAAAGUUUCUGGAAAACGUACGCUCAGUACCGAGAAACGGGCAUGCAAAAUGCGAAAACCGCUUGGCUUGCACUAUUGCACAUGGUUUUGGCCAUGGCAACGAGUACCAUGAACGCUACAGGUGUCGGUUUGAGCGAUCGACAGGCAAUUUCAGAGGUUCAUUACCGGCGCGCCAAAGCCCUCUCUAUGACUGAGAUGAUGACAGGGGCCAACGUAGAAGCAGGUACUGCUGCAGUCCCUUGCCUUCCGUCUUCAGUAUCUGCUAUAUCUUCCCAUACCUUCAAGGCAGCCAACGGUCUAUACAGACAUGGGCAAUACACGGGCUCGCUAACACUGAGUAUGACCUUCGGCCGGCCGCCCAUUAUUCCGCAAAACUAUAUUCGAACACCGUUGCCAAGACAUUUCAUUUCCCAUCAAAGAACUUCCGAUAUCUCGAGAUGGUCUAACGAGGAAGAGAGCACUAUGUUUUGGAACGCAUCAAUGUUUGACUACCACAAAGCCUCCCCUUGCCUAAUGUUGACUAAUAACUGUCUACCUAGCACGCUUUACGGUGUGACCGCCGCCGUGAUUGACGAUCUAUACGAAAGCAAUAUCGGGUCAAUAUCUGCCAUUCCGUUAACAAACACCGUGGCUAGUGUGAUACAGAUUGGACAGAAAUUGGCUGAUUGGCAGGCAUCUUUACCUCUAUCGAUGCAACUUGUAGAGCCGAGUGAAGUCGCCAGCCCUGAGGGGAAGUUGAUGUUACUGAAGUUCCGAGUGAUACUGACAGUUCGGUAUCAUAAUUUGCAACUCCUGUCGCAUCGCCCAAUACUAGACCGCUGUCUACAAUCAUUCGAUGGAAGCCCUCAGUCUCUCCAGGAAGCAGCCACGCUGCAACAGGCGUGGCAUCUUAGUAGAACAGUAUGCCUGCGGUCGGCGGAAGCUAUCAUUCGCUUAGUUGAAGCCUGCAAACUUGCGAAUAAUGUCCAGCCUACCGUUUCAUUCCUUGGAGCAUGGUGGUUUAGCCUGUACUUCAGUAAGUUUGGCCUGCUACCUAGAAGGAUGCCAGCUAAUCUCACAAAAGCCUUCAAUGCCUCUUUAACUAUUCUGGUCGAAGAUAGCUAUGGGUCUAUGCCUUUUGAUCAAGGAUAUACAAAUACCGCUAUACGGCUUGACGAUAUUCUAAAGAGUGCAGUCAGUUGCAUUGCGCGAUUGGAUAUCCAGAACCCCAUGGUAGAGAAGUGCGCAAAGUUCACUGCGACCUUGAUCUUCAUGAUUCAAAGCUUGCAAAUGACUCCGGGUCGGGACGAUAUCGCUCAUGAAGUGGGAGGGAUGGGGCCAAGCCACGCAAUUCCCUCGAAUGGAGGUGAGAACGCGCAAAGCACGCAUAUAUCGGCGAAUAGCGGAAUGGACGACGCCUUUUCUACCCUGAUGAACUAUCUCCCACCCAACUUCAACGAUUUCCCCAACACUGGUGCAAACUUCUCCAUGUCUGAGUUGAUGGAUGAUUUUGCUACAGGGGACUUAUUUUGGUAG